AUGGCGUUUACUAUUGCCACUCAGCCUACUACCCCGUAUGAGGGACAGAAGCCCGGGACCUCGGGCCUAAGGAAGAAGGUCACGGUCUUCCAACAGCCGAAUUACCUGGCGAAUUUCGUUCAGGCAACCUUCAAUUCGCUUCCCGCUGACAAGAUCCAGGGCUGCACUCUCGUUGUUUCUGGCGACGGUCGGUACUAUUCCAAGGACGCGGUUCAGAUUAUCGCCAAGCUCGCAGCCGGCAAUGGAGUUUGCCGGAUCUGGGUGGGUCAGGACAGCCUCCUCUCCACACCAGCUGUGUCUGGAAUCAUCCGCGAUCGCGUCGGAAUACAGGGGGACAAGGCGUACGGAGCGUUUAUUCUCACAGCGAGCCACAACCCCGGUGGGCCGCACGAGGACUUUGGCAUCAAGUACAACUGCGAGAACGGAGGGCCGGCUCCCGAAGGCCUCACCAACCAGAUCUACCAGCACACCACUACCAUCUCCGAGCUCAAGAUCGCUGAAGGCCUUCCCGAGGUGGACAUCCACACCAUCGGGUUGCAGUCCUUUGACGGCCCGAAUGGCAAGUUCGAGGUGGAGGUGUUCGACUCCGCGGAGGACUACAUCAAACUCAUGAAGACCAUCUUUGACUUCGAUGCCAUUCGAGGGCUCCUCAAGAACCCCAAGUUCUCGUUCCUGUUGGACGGGCUGCACGGGGUGGCAGGAGCAUAUGCAGAGAAGCUGUUUGUGCGUGAGCUGGGAGUGCCAGCCUCGUCCCUUGUCAACUGCGUGCCAAAGGAGGACUUUGGUGGUGGGCACCCCGACCCUAACCUGACCUACGCGCAUGACCUGGUGGAGGCCAUGGGGCUGGGCAAGCACCAGCCCGCCCAGGAGCCGCCUGAGUUUGGUGCUGCCUGUGAUGGCGAUGCUGAUCGCAACAUGGUUCUGGGCAAGAGGUUCUUUGUGACGCCGUCUGACUCGGUGGCCAUCAUAGCAGCCAACGCAGUUGCCAGCAUCCCCUACUUCAAGGACGGGCUCAAGGGCGUGGCCAGGAGCAUGCCCACGUCCGCUGCUCUCGAUGUCGUGGCUAAGGAGCUCGGACUCAAGUUCUUUGAGGUGCCGACCGGGUGGAAGUUCUUCGGCAACCUCAUGGACGCGGGCAUGUGCUCUAUCUGCGGUGAAGAGAGCUUCGGGACAGGGUCGGACCACAUUAGAGAGAAGGACGGUAUGUGGGCGAUCCUUGCGUGGCUCUCUAUUUUAGCCAACCGGAACAGCGGCAGCAGUGAGGGGCAGCUGGUGACUGUGGAGGAGAUCGUGAGGCAGCACUGGGCCAAGUACGGCCGGCACUUCUACACCCGAUAUGACUAUGAGGGAGUGGAUGCAGAGGGUGCAAAGAAGCUCAUGGCUCACCUCGUCGCCAGCCAAGCAGACAUCUCUGCCCUCAACACGGCUGUGAAGGCAGCCAACAGCACGGCAGCGGACGUGGUGAGGGGAGACGAGUUUGAAUACAAGGACCCCGUGGAUGGCUCCGUGUCCAGCCACCAGGGCAUUCGGUUCUUAUUUGCUGAUGGCUCCAGACUGAUCUUCCGCCUGUCCGGAACGGGGUCAGUGGGGGCGACCAUCCGAGUGUACAUUGAGCAAUACGUGGCAGAUAGCUCCAAGAUUGAUGGCAACCCGGCUGAUGUACUUGCUCCUCUGGUUGAUGUGGCUAUCAAGGUCUCCAAGAUCGAGGAAUUUACUGGCCCCUCACUGUUAUCGCAGUCCAUGGAUGUGCGGCCUGAACAUCCGGCGGAGGAAGCGGCGAAUUCGGGAACUACUAGCCGGCUGAGCACGUUCAUGACGCCGUACUACGUAGUUAAUCUCCUCGCCGUGCUCUCCGUUCUCCCCGUGCGGAUCGCCGUCGUGUCCGGAGACUCAUUCUCGAGAGACCUUGCGGUUCUCUACAAAUGGGAGCGGCAUGUUCUCUUCGGCCUUCUCCUCAGCGCGACUUACAAGUUAUGGCGAGCCAACACAGCUGAAGCAGCGUUUUCUUCCAUCAUGUUCAACACCAAGAUGAUUCUCAUCGCUCUCUUGUGGGCUGUGGAUCCCCGCAUAUGUGUCUGGUACCUCCUUGCAUUCAUGUUGAUCUUUCUCCUUUGCCCCCAACGGUCACCAGCAACCCCAUCAGCAUCGGACGCCUUUCUUGAGCUGAUCCCGCGCCAGCUGGAGCUAGUAGCGCCAGUGGAAAGUGCCACGCCAGCAUCCAACGUACCGUGCCUGGUCAUGUUCUAUGCCAGUUGGUCCCCCCCGUGCCAUCAGCAUAUGUCUCUCUUUGUUGACAUCGCCAACCAGUACGGCCAAGGGCCCCACAUUCACUUUGGCCGGUUGGACGUCUCUCGAUUCCCCCAAGUGGCCGAGCGAUUCUCCAUUGAUACUGGCAUGUUCUCCUCUCAGCUUCCAACCCUCAUUCUCUUCCACAAUGGCACCGAAGUCAACCGCCUUCUACCGCCCACCACCUCCAGCACCAGCAGCAACAGGUUCAUCCCUCGAGCCACACCUUUCUUUUCCCCAUCUUCCCUGGCGCCUGGGCUCUACACCCCGCCUCGGCUCACGAGAAGCAUGGUAGUGGGCGCUGCAGCAGCAGAAGGGGAGGAAGGAGGGCCAGGCACAGGGGCAGCAAUAAGGGAAGAAGCAGCAGGAGCGGGAGCAGCAGGAGGAGAAGGAAGAGGGGUAGCCAAAUUUCUGAGUGACCCUCCUCCUCAGUCCGCGGCGGCUGCAGCAAUGGCGGACCCGCCGCCGCGUACCGCGCGACGCCUGGACGUAGAUUUCAUAGCUGCUGCUACUACACGUCAACCGCCACACGCGGACGGGUCUGCAGCGCAAGCGGCGGCGCAAGAUGCGGAGAUAGGGGAAGCCACGAUGGUGGUUUCAGCUGCGCCCGUUGCUCCCGCGGAUGGGGUGUCCGCGGCGGUGCGUAACGCGGAGAUCCGGCGGGGAAUCGCGGCGAUCAAGGCGGAGAGCCAGCGCCAGCGGACAGCUGUCGUUCAGGAUCUUCUGGCAGAGAAUCGGAAAAAACUGCUGGCUAUCAAAGCAAAACAAACGGCAGCUGCUAGUGCUGCUCCUGGGGGUGUUCCCUGGCCCAGCCAGCACGAUUUUAAGCAGCACCAGGCAAACGGAGAGGCUUCCUCGAGUGCAGCUAGACGCGCAGGCUUGGGAGCAGGUUCGAGUAUGGCAGGUUCGGGUUUGGCGGUCCUAGGAGUAGCUGGUUCAGGCAUGGCAG